AUGGUCAAAAUCGACCCUGAAAGAUUCGCGCAGAAGCCUCGGUUUAGCACAAACCCGAUCGAUAACCUGCGAUUUCACGCUCGUGUUUCGCCCCAGUACUUCUAUCCUCUGGCUAUGACUCUCGUUGCCGUUCCAGUCUUGUUUGCUUUCCUACCAAUCCGUCGAAAAUACUUCUAUCCCGAUCAUAAGCGCAUUCCUACUCAGUAUCCUUUGCCAAGCGAGUCCGUCGAGGUCGCGGGCUUCGAGGAUGCGUAA